AUGGAAAAAUUAGGCGAAAAGCCCCUAAUUUUUGUUCGUGUUUGUUGUGCCGCAAGCAUUUAUCGAUGCCGCCGAUUGCUUCGCUCACGAGCUUCUUUAGAACAGCAUAAAAGCGAAGAAGUGUGUCAUUUGGAAGACACACUUCGUGCACUGGACAUCGGCCAACUUCCAGCGAAUGUUACUGCUGGAAAAGUUUUCGCAGAUCUGAGCAGUAUGGCUGAGAAACGAAUGACCAAAUGCAAGCAGAAACCGCAACCGUUGCUAACAGCAUCUCUUACCGAUACACAGUGGGCCAAGAUAGCGGCAUUAAAUGAGAAAUUGAUCCAGGAAUAUGGCACCAGGAUUCAGCUGUUGCUCAAGCGACUCGAUGUCACAAUCCAGUCGUUCACAUGGUCCGAUCGCAUUGUAAAAAUGCAGGACAAACUCCAUGAAACUUAUCGGCAACGUCGUGAUCGAAUUCCUGUAGCUUCAAAAGUAUCGAUGUGCGAUCUCCUUGCAGCAACUGUUAGCCUUCUCACCGUUGAUAAAGUGCUAAUGGCCGAUCGUCCGGGUGAUCGUGGUGGUAGGCCGUCCGAGUUGCGAGCUCCGCCACCAGAAAUGCCAUCGUGGAAAAAGGAUCGCGCCCCUGGAGGUGGGCAGCAAGGCGGGUAUCAAGGUGGUGGUGGGCGAGGUGGUCGAGGAGGACCACAGGAUAGCUAUGGUAGAGGUGGAUACCAAGGGGGUGGAGGCUACCAGGGCAGUGGUGGAUAUGGCGGUGGAGGUGGCUAUCAGGGUGCUGGAGGAUACGGCGGAGGCGGCUAUCAGGGUGGUGGGGGAUACGGCGGAGGCGGCUAUCAAGGUGGCGGGGGUUAUGGCGGAGGUGGCUAUCAAGGUGGCGGGGGUUAUGGCGGAGGCGGCUAUCAGGGCGGUGGAGGAUACGGUGGAGGAGGCUAUCAAGGUGGUGGAGGAUACGGCGGGCAUGGUGGAUAUCAAGGUGGUGGAGGAUACGGUGGUGGCGGAGGAGGUUUUGAAAGUCAGGACGUCAAAGUCAAAGUUAUGGAAGAGGUGGAAGAGGAGGAGGACGUGGCGGUGGGCAGCAGCGUGGGUACCGGUAGAAUUCUGCAGACUGCCGAUAAUUUAUCGUAG